AUGAAGCAUGUUGAUUAUGUCACAAGACUUUUGAGUAUUUGCGGCUAUGCUGCAGAGAUCGGUGUCACGGUUCUCGUCGAGAAGUCUUUGAUAGUCAUAUCAAAUGGAUACAUAAAGAUUCAUGAAUUGCUUGAACAGAUGGGUAGAGAACUUGUUCGUCAACAAGCAGUUAACAAACCGUCUGAUCGGCUACUUUUAUGGGAUCCUCAAGACAUCUGUGAUUUGCUGUCAGAAAUGUCCCUGAACCUGUCUCAAGUUUCUGAGGUGUUUGCUAGUGAGCGUGCUUUUGAGGGAUUCGGUAAUCUCAAGCUUCUCAACUUUUAUGACCUUUCAUAUGAUGGAGAGACCAGAGUGCAUCUACCUAAUGGCCUCAGUUAUCUCCCACGAAAGCUUCGUUAUCUACGCUGGGAUGGAUACCCUUUAAAGACUUUGCCUUCAAGAUUUCAUCCAGAGUUUCUUGUUGAACUUUGUAUGAGUAACAGCUAUCUCGAAAAACUUUGGAAUGGAAUCCAGCCUCUUAGGAAUCUGAAGAAGAUGGAUCUUUCUCGCUGUAGAUACCUAAUCGAAGUUCCAGAUCUCUCAAAAGCCACAAAUCUUGAGGAACUAAACCUUUCAUAUUGCCAAAGAUUGGUUGAGGUUACUCCAUCUAUCAAGAAUCUUCAGAGACUUUCUUGCUUCUAUUUGACUAACUGCAUCCAACUCAAGAACGUUCCAAGUGGAACCGCUUUGAAGUCGCUUGAAACAGUUGGAAUGAGUGGAUGCUCAAGUCUAAUGCAUUUCCCAGAGAUUUCCUGGAGUACGAGAAGACUCUAUCUGAACGGUACAGAGAUAGAGGAACUUCCAUCAUCGAUCAGCCGUCUCUCCUGUCUGGUUGAAUUGGAUAUGUCAGAUUGCGAGAGACUCAGGACUCUUCCAAGCUCUGUAAGGCACUUGGUCUCACUAAAAUCCAUGAAUUUGGAAGGCUGCAAACAACUUGAGAAUCUCCUAGACACAUUACAGGACCUCUCAUCUCUUGAAACUCUUGAAGUAUCUGGUUGCCUUAAUAUCAACGAGUUCCCUUGUUGA